GGUAUUACACUUAGGCAGCCCCUACACUCAGGUGUGCCUUGUUUGCACGGAUCUCAGAAAACACAAUGCGACAACUUGUGGACACAACCCUAAAAUGAGUUCCUGAAGUGAACCCUUUUCAUAGCUUAUGGCGGCCGCGUUCGUCGCCACCGCCAUCCCCGUGUGGCUGAGCGAGGAGGACCUGAGCUGCAUUAUCUGCCAAGAGUUGCUAGACUGUGCCACCACGCUGCCCUGUGGCCACAGCUUCUGCCUCCGGUGCCUCCAGGAUACGUGGGUCUCGCAGCAGGCGGGCGUGGAUGGCUGCCCCUGGGCCUGCCCCCUCUGCCGGGAGGGCCCGGCGGCGAAGCCCAAACUGCACAAGAACACGCUGCUUCAGGACCUGGUGGACAAGUACCGCAGAGCGGCGCAGGAGCUCGAGGCUGGCCCCGAACCCGCUCCCCCGCCGGGAUCUCCGCGGCGACCCCCGCCUCCUCAGGUGACAGUACAGAAAAGCACCACAGAAGUUGUCCAGGAGCUGACCGAACUGGUGGGACAGCUUAUAGACGUUGUCAACAGACUUGAAAUGGAAAGACCUGGCUUGAGCUCUGGACAACCACACGGUGGCUCACAACCAUCUGCUUCUCCCUCUGACGAAUACAAUUCCUAUGGUUCUCCGAAGCCAGUGACUUCCAGUGCAUCUCUGUGGAAAAUUCGAGAGAUUCUCCAUAAUUUAGAAGAAAUUCAGGACAGACUGCAAGGGAUUGACAUAUGCAAAGAAGCUUCUGGAGAACAAAUUCAGGUGCCAUCUUCUUCCUUAUGCUCGCCGCCUGACCAGAGGUGUCCCGUACCCAGAGAAGCUUCUCAGCUUGCCCUGUGGGCCAUCAGUCCCACCUUUGACCUGAAGAGCAUCUCCUGUAACCUGGAGGUUUCCAACAGUUGGCGCAGGGUGACCGUGUCUCGCUAUCAACAGCCCUAUCCUUGGAGUUGCGAGAGAUUUCUAAUUAGCCAGGUCUUAUGUUCCCAGGCCCUCUCCUCUGGGAAGAAAUACUGGGAAGUGGACACUAGGAACUGCAACCACUGGGCUGUUGGGGUGGCUUCCUGGCACAUGAAGCGGGACCAGGUCCUGGGGCGGACUAAGGACUCUUGGUGUAUAGAGUGGAAAGGGCCUGGCCAGUUCUCUGCUUGGGCCAUGAUGAAGAAAACCGACCUUCCCUUGGGCCGCCCUGAGGUUGUGGGCGUAUGGCUGGACCUUGAGCUGAUGAAACUUGCCUUCUACUCAGUGGCUGACCAGAGGAAGGUUCUGUAUGACUGUGAGGUCUCUGCAUCCGCCCCUCUGCAUCCUGCCUUCUGGCUGUAUGGCUUAAGUCCUGGGAACUACCUGGAGAUAAAGCAAGUCCGGUCCUGA